AUGUUUGAGGCACGAGCACCCUCGCAAUGCCCAGGUGACAUUCGCCUGAGACACUUCGCGCGCACCCACAGAGGAGGCCUGACCUUCGACCAAGUCUGGGUCGAGGCAAUGCAUCGACAGUGCAUCGACAGUUCAAGCACCCCAGAGCUGGAUUCACGAUUCAUCUUGCAGGGAUUCUUAGGAAAGCUUGGCUGCAGUGCUCCCCAAACCAGCCUGCUCAAGGUGCCUUUUCCCGGGUCGGUCGAACCAUGGGCGUCCUGGCUCAGAAUAGCUUCAGGCACCUUCACCCCUCAACAACUCGCGGAGAACAUACAAAGAGCACUAGGAUCCUCAGAAGAAGGAAGGGCCAUGAAGUAG